UAUAUUUCCUUAUGUGCGGGUCAGAUGGAAUACGGUACAGAAUACACGAUUUAAACACGGGAAUGAUCGAACCGAAUAACCCUCAAUCACAACAUUGUUGUCAAUAAAUGUGUUUUUUUAAUUUAAUGCAAAUGUUCACCUCUGGCAUAUGAACAUUUACUCGAUGUGACUCGGGCAAGACAUUCCAGUUUCUAUUUGGUUUGAGAUCUUGGCUAUAACGUUACUGCUAACUCCUGGCGUGGCUAUGACUACGGAGUUGCUGUCCGAUUUGGACAGUCGUUUCUUCGCUGAUAACCUUUUGACCAGCGAAGACUGGGAUGCCUGCCUGUACCAGUGUGAGAGCAUGGAGGAGGGGGAGGAUGUGGAGUUGACCAGACGGCUGACGUACGAUGCUGUGUUUGACCAUGACCUCACCCUGUCCCUCGAUCCUGACAGCCCCGCGUUGCCGUGGAAACAGCACAGCGAGGACCUUCUCGCAGGUGACAGUCCUGUUUUAAAAGAGGAUGGGACCAUCAAUCAGUCCCUGCCUGUUGAUAUGUUGUUCCAGGUGAAGGCGGAGCCUCUGUCCCCGGCCUCUUCAUUGGCUUCUGACUGCUCCCUUCCGGAAGCGCAGGCGACAGUGAAGGGGGAGAACCCUCCGACCCCCCCGUACAUGUUUGGCGACGUCCUCUCCCCGCCCUUGGCGACGGUCCAGGUUGCCAUGGCGCCUUCGCUCCCAUCGCAGCCACAGCACCAAUCACACAGCGGCGUCGAACAGAAAGCCCCGCCCACAGCUCUGCCGUCUCCCUCCACCCUCAAGGCCAACUCCAUACUGAGCAGCAAGCCCACCAUCCAGCCCCGCCCAGUGGGUGUGGCCGCCGUGCCCGUCACCCCAAGCCCCGCCCCUGCUAAGGCCCUCCUCCUGCAGAGCCUGCCCACCAUGGACCAGCAUGGGCCGGUGGUCCUCUCUCAGUCCGUCUGUUUGGGCUCCGCUCCUGCCGCCAUCGUGAAGAUGGAGCCGGUGUCUCCCAACAUGCAUCACUGCGCCAGCCCGGCCGCCCCGCCGCCCGCCAAGCCCAUCGUCCCAGCAUCCCCUCUGCCGGGGAGCGCCUGCGCAGAUGUCGAUAUGAAGGUGUUGAAGAGGCAGCAGCGCAUGAUAAAGAACAGGGAGUCUGCCUGCCAGUCUCGCAGGAAGAAGAAGGAGUACCUGCAGACCCUGGAGGCGCAGCUGAGGGAGGCGCAGCGGGAGAACGAGCGCCUCCGGAGGGAGAAUCAGGCGCUACGGCAACGGCUGGCCGGGACAGAGGGGACUGACUCCAGUAAUAAUAAGAGGGUGUUCUGCAUCAUGGUGGUUUUGCUGUUUAUUACCUUCAGCUUCGGCCCUGUCAGCAUCACGGACAGGAAGUUGGAGUCUGGGUUACAGGAAGGGGCGGUCCCGCACACAAGAAGGCACCUGCUGCAGCUGGCCCAGGAGAGCCGAACCCGAGAGGGCAGCGCGAGAGAGGAGGAGGACCGAGCGGAGAGCGAGGAGGAGGGGGAGGAGAGAGACUCCUCAGACUCCUAUCCCUUCAGGAACCAGAGCUCCGUGUUCAGCGAUGUUAAGGACCUGGUUCUGCAGGACAUCGAUCGUUACUUCACUGCCACAGACUGCAGGCAGUUCAACCGCUCUGAGUCCCUUCGGCUGGCAGAUGAGUUGAGGGGCUGGGUCCAUAGGCACCAGAUCGACAGGAAGAAGACAGGGGGGAAGCCCAAGAUCGCCAAGAAGGCUAAGAUCGCUCAGAAGGCGCAGCUGAGAAAGGCAAACUUCUCCAGAUAUCUGCCUAUCCAGGCCCAUCGCGCCAUAGAAAGUCAGCUGCAGGUGCUUCCUGGGCCAGAGGUCAGCUACAGCGACUUCCUGGAUGCCAUUGACAGACGCGAGGACACCUUCUACGUGGUCUCCUUCAGACGGGAUCACCUGUUGCUGCCCGCAAUCAGCCACAACAAGACCACCCGGCCCAAAAUGUCUCUGGUGAUGCCGGCCAUGUCCGUCAAUGAGAGCCUGUAUAACUCCUCUCAGGGGUAUGAGAUGAUGAUGCAGGUGGACUGUGAGGUCAUGGACACUCGCAUCAUCCCCAUCAAGGCCUCGGCCGUCCCCCCGUCGCUGCGAGACCCGCCCCCCACCCCGCCCGCGCACCAUCACCACGGCAACCACACCGGACACGCCCACGCGGGGUCUCCGCGGCAACCCUUACCCGUGAGGGGGAGGGGGGCCGAGUUCUACAUCAGUCAGGAGGGGGGGAUGUGAGGUUCAGGGAGAGAGAGAGAGAGAGAGAGAGAGAGAAAGGGAUGGGGUACGCCAAGGUCUACUCCUUCUGAACUUGCACGGAGGGGUGUCUGCUCCGUAUCCAUGAUACCGCCACCCCCGUUGCCACAGCAAUUCCACUACGAGUCCGUUCUGCCCAAGGAUUUUCCACUGCAAGGUUUUUUUUCUUUUUUUCUUGUGUUUCUGUUGAUUUUGACCCUCCAAAUGAGCUUCCACCUCACGCCACGUCCAGGUACUGAAAGGACAUUUAUGUCCCACGCUUCCUAAAAGCCCGUAAAAAAAAAAGAAAGAAAGAAAAGAAAUGGAAGCUGCCUUCCUUCCGGGCGAUGCGCUUACAGCACCAGGGAGUGGCACGGAGCGUCCUGGCGUGAGGCUUUGGGGUUUUUAACGACGGCGUUCGGCCGUCCUGACUCAUUGAGAUUCGGAUGCUUUUGGGCACCUGUAUGAGCACAGAUUACUCUCUUAAGGGGGGUAAAAUAAUCUUUAUUUUAUUCCCGCUUGUACAUGUCCUGCUCUACCCUGCGCCACUGGAGUGCGAAUAUGACAAAUUUAAGCGGUUGGGAAUUUGUGUUUUUGUUGUAAAUAUCAGUAGAAGUGAUAGAUAUUUUGUACUUUUCUUGAGCACAUAAAAAAUAUUUAGUGCUCAGUUUGUUGUCAAACUGUCAUUGGGGCUCUUUAAAGGGGCGGUUUCGCCAAAAAUGACCAAGGUGUGUGGUCACUUACCUGGAGCAGUAUCUGUCCAUCCAGAUAGUUCAGCUGACGUGUGAUGUAAAUGUAAAUGCACGUUUCUGCCAUGGACAGUGAACCCACAAGGUCCAUUUUAACAUGGUGAGCUGCAGCCAAUAUAUAUAAAUAUUGUUGCAUUUCUUUCUGCAUGGAUAUAUACUCCUCCGGGUAAGUGUACACAUGCCUUCAUUUUUAGGGGCACUGCCCCUUCAAAGACUUGACUUGGUGUGUGAAUGCAACAUGUUUGAGGUCUUCAAUUUUUUUUUGCUAUUUUUUUUCAGAAAAAAAAUCUAAUUCAUACAGCGAGAAAACAGUCUUAUUUCUGGAAGGUGCUAUCACACUGACCCAGUGUGCUUUUUUGUGACGUUAUUGGUAAUUUAAAGACAUUGCUGCACCUCUCCUAUACAGCAGGGGGCAGUGCAACGAUUUCUCAUGAAGGUGGAGACAAAAUCACCAUAGAAGAAGCAAUAAGCUAGGUCCCCGUGCUCAGCGGCUGUACAUUGGACCGUGUCCACGGCGGCUGCAGGCUGCUCUGGUUUGUUUGCAUGUACGCCAGUGGACACUUGAGCGGAGGCAGCGAUUCGUACCCCUACGGUGGGUUUCUGGGUCAGUGUGCCGGUGCAUCACACAGACUUUUCAAAACCUGAUUAAAAUGACGGUAACCUCAAAGCAUUAUGUAAAUAUCGUACAGCAACGAGGGAACACUUUCGAUGUCCUAGCAUCUUGUGGGUAUAUUUUCUCUGGAUGAAAACUGCGAUGAUGAUAUUGGCCGUGUGAAUGGGGGGUGUCUGUGCGUGUAUGUGCUUUUUUUUUUUUUGUAUAUAGUUGUGAUUUCUGUCCAUUGUCGAUACCCUCGGUGAGUAAAAGUAUGGAAAUGCUAUGUUUGUUUUGUAGGCACUGGGAAAGAUAAUGUUUUUUUUAAGUUGUCUCUGUUGAAAGGGCAGAAACGGACCACAUGCGAGCAAGUUUUUAUUUUUUUAUUUUUGUCAACUUGGACCCCAAAACGAUUAUUGGCAUCAUUCUCCAACCCAGAAGCUGGGCUUGGAGUCGGGCUUGCCCUGCGUAGAGUUGGGCUCGCCCUGCGUUGAGGGGUGAAUAAUCCCCUGGCUUUUCUGCGACUGGGGCUUUGCCGCCUCUGAUCAGCUGCUCCAGAGGCACUCGUUUUGAAACGCCCCCCUGAAGUUACAGAGGAAAAAAAUCACUCUGAACCUUUUAAUUCCUUUCUCUUUUUUACUCUGUGUUCCACGUCUUAAGCUUUGCCAUCUAUUCCUUUCUGGACAGACGGACGCGCUUGCGAACUCGUGUGAAAUAUGUGCGAUUGUUGCCUUUUGUGCUGUCCCUUUCUGGUUUAAGUGGUUGAACGGUCACUUUAAAUACAUGGGUUUUGGAGAAACCAGAAUCAUUGUGAAAGAGAGGAGAGAAUUAUUAUUAUUAUUAUUAUAUAUUUUUUUCUCCCCCUUUUGUAAAUUUUAUUGUAUGAUUUUUCUUAAACCUCCCACCUCCAUUGGAGCACAUGCAAAUGAAAUCCAGCCGAUGUUGAUGUAGAACCAGGAUGAAACGCGGGUAGCUGGUGAUUUCGCCAGGGCCGUAACAGCUUGAGAAGUUCCUGUUGGCUUCUGCCUGCUCGCCCAUGGAUGGCACGCAGACUCUCUUUACGCAGUGAUGCAGCCACACAUAAGAUAUAACGCACUUGCAUAGUACAUGCACUCUUAAGCGCAAACCCUGUCGGUCGGAUGUCAAACUUAUGUCUCCAGUCUCAGACGUAGUAAUGUAAAUAUUGUCAAAGCUAUCCAUUUUCUAUUUAAGUUUUUUAUUUAAAUUUUCAUUGGGGAAAUAAAAAGAAGUUGUUUUUUUAGUUCCCCUGUACCCCUGACCCCUGAACAGCCGCAUUUGCAUUUGUAGAUGACCAAGAGGAAUUUGAUAAAUAAAAAUAUUAUUUAAAGAAAA